AUGGCCGGCAAGAUCCCAGCAACGGCCGAUUAUAUCAUCCUUGGCGGAGGCAUAGCCGGCUGCGUCCUUGCUUCUCGUCUCAAAGAGGCAGAUUCCUCCUUGUCGAUCGUACUGAUCGAAGCAGGGCCAGAUCCUACUGGCCAUCCUCUGACAACCGCCCCGCUCGCCUGCUUUGCAGCGCACUAUUCCGAUCUCGACUACGCGUACAGAACCGUGCCGCAGGAGCAUCUUGGCGGUCGUCCGUGCUAUGCAGCAGCGGCAAAGGUUCUCUCGGGCGGCUCUGCCAUCAACUACGGCGCGUGGACCCGCGGCCCAGCUGCGGACUUUGACUGCUGGGCUGACCAAGUUGGCGAUUCUGGAUGGAGCUAUCGAGGCCUGCUUCCCUACUUCAAGAAGACAGAAGAAUACACCCUCAGCCCACGGGUGGAUCCCGAGCAACACGGAGCCAAUGGGCCCAUCCAUGUGGUGUCUGUAUCCGACAGCGAUCCUAAUCGAAAAUAUCCCCUUCGGCAACCCGUAGAACAGGCGUGGCUUGAGCUUGGCGUGGAACGAGUUUGGGACGCCAAUGGGGGUGAGCCGCUGGGACUCACCGAGGUGGUGGAAUCUUGGAGGGAUGGCAAGCGGCAGUGUGCCUCUCAGGCCUAUAACCUGUCGGAUGUGACAGUCCUCUGUUCUACAGUGGCCCACCGUGUGAUAAUCGAACAUGUAUCAGGGGUAAAGACCGCCACAGCGGUAGAAUUAGUCGACGGCCAGACCAUAGCCGCAGCCAGAGAAAUCAUACUGUCUUGCGGGACGUAUCGAACGCCCCAGGUGUUGAUGCUUUCCGGCAUAGGAGCCAAGGCGGAUGUUAUACGCCACAACAUCCCACUGACGGUUGACAGCCCCGAAGUGGGCCGCAACUUUCAUGACCAUCUAGCAGUGUGUCUGUGGUGGAAAUUGCGGCAUCCCGAGCAGGGGCUUGCGCUGGGGACGCCGGAGUGGAAGGAUGCGGCAUACAGCAAAGGACUUCCGGCAGACUGGAUGGCCUUUUCGCGUGUUCCCAAUGAGAUCUUGAGCCAGUCGUUGAUUGCCGAUGCCGAGUCUACCGACGGCCACGAUCUGUUAAAGCCGGGGCGAUGUCACCUGGAAACGCUAGUUGCUUACGCUCCUGCUGGCGCGCAUCUGGCUGAUGUUGCGAUGCCGCUGGAUGGAACACAUGUGACGACGGCGGUGCUUGGAAUGACGCCUACUUCGCGCGGAACAGUCACAAUCACCUCGAAUGAUGCUCAGACACCGCCGCAGAUAGACCCAAACUACUACGCAACGGAAGCUGAUCGCCAGGCCCUUCGAUACGGCAUUCGCCAAGCCUUGCGGUUGCUACAGGAAACUAGAGCCGGCAGUAGCAUUGUCGAGAACGAAGUUGCUCCAGAUGGAUAUCCCGGUCUUGAUGCUGAUUCAACAGAUGCAGAAAUUGAUGCCAGGGUUCGCCGUGUAGGGAACACCUUUUACCACGCCGGAGGCUCUGCGUCAAUGGGCAAGGUUGUAGACUCCCGGUUACGCGUAUAUGGUGUCGACAGGCUGCGCGUUGUGGACGCGAGUGUCAUUCCGAUUCCUAUUGCGGCUCAUUACCAGGCGGUUGUUUAUGCGAUUGCUGAGAAGGCUGCGGAUCUGAUUCUGCAUCCUACUAAAUAG